AAGAAAGGGAGAAUAGUUUGUAGUCCCAUUCCAUUGCCAUUAUUUCUCUUAAACAUCUCUCUCUCUCUCUCUCUCUCUCUCUCUCAAAGACUGAAUGGGUUCCUGGGUUCAUAACAGUUUUUGUGUUGCUAGAAUAUUAGGCCUGUUGCUUAUCGUUGGUUUUGUUCCUAAUAAUGGUGGUGCAAGUGAAGAGGCAUCAUGUGAUUUGUUCACAGGGAGAUGGGUUUUGGACGAAAACUACCCAAUCUACAAUCCGUCGUCCUGCCCCUUCAUCGAGCGAGAGUUCAGCUGCCAAAAGAAUGGCCGCCCAGACCAUUUUUACACCCAAUACAGAUGGCAACCACAUGACUGUGACUUAGCAAGGUACAUCAUUAUUACCACCAUUUUCUUCUUCUACUUAUUAUUUUUAUUAUUACUGCAGGAUUACGGACUGAAAGUGAUGCUGGACCGCAAUGUGUAUCUAGUAGAUGUUGUAAGAGAAAAGAUUGGUAGGGUUUUGAAGCUUGAUUCAAUUGUGGGAGGCAAGUUAUGGAAGGAGAUUGACAUGCUCAUCUUCAACACAUGGCAUUGGUGGAAUCGCAGAGGACCCUCUCAGCCAUGGGAUUAUGUUGAAGUAGGAGGCCGGGUCAGCAAAGACAUUGACCGGAUGGUUGCUUUUGAGAAGGCACUCAUGACUUGGGGUGGAUGGGUGGAUUCAAACAUUGAUCCUGCAAAAACUAAAGUUUUCUUCCAAGGAAUUUCUCCCUCUCAUUACAAUGGGAGCCAAUGGGAUGAGCCAAAGGCAAGAAGUUGUGUAGGGCAGAAGGAGCCUUUGCUUGGAUCGACAUAUCCAGGAGGUUUGCCACCAGCUCUGAGUGUGCUGAAGAACGCCCUAAGCAAAAUCACAAAGCCUGUGACAUUGCUAGAUGUAACAAACCUGUCGCUCCUGCGCAAAGAUGGGCACCCUUCAAUCUAUGGGUUGGGAGGCACCACAGCAAUGGAUUGUAGUCAUUGGUGCCUUUGUGGAGUCCCAGAUACUUGGAACGAGAUUCUUUACAAUUUUAUUCUUUGAAACGUUUUUCAUUUAAUUCAUACCACCAAAUUAUAGAAUUUGGCGACUUCUUAGAAAAAAUAAUAAUUGAUUUAUAAUGAUAUUCAGAGUUUUCUGUACUA